GGUCAGUUGAGAGGAAAGUCAUGUAUCAUUUACCGUGUCUGACGUCAAAACACAAUACUCGUCCAGUCCUCAAUAAUACAGCGUUCACUAUCUCUUAGCUGCCAUAAUCUACAACUGAAUUAUUAAUCGAGGUUAUUACCAUGGUGCUUAGAACACAAUUGUGUUACAUAAAGGUUGUGAAUUCAACAGGGAACUGAACCUACAAUUUGGGCAACAAACACGAAGUAUCGAAAGUCAUAUGCUUGUAUGUUAACGUUAGAUGUUAGGCUACGUUGGCUAUCUCGCAGUGCCACGCGAGAGUUGAUCAUAGGGGGAUCAGAGGAAUAAACAGAAAUGACAUUUUGACUGAGAGUAAAGUGAUUAGCAUUUCAAGAACGUCAUGUUCGCGUGACUGGCUAUCGCCUUUAACAUUCAUAAUCAUUGACACUGAUCGAUUGAAUCUUUUGUAUAUGUUACCAGACAGAUAUCUGCGCAACACAACAAUUGUACGGUGGAUCUGUAACAGGGUACGGGCAAGAUGACGGCGGCAGUAUGGUCUCAGUGUUCCAUGUGAAACCUGGUAUCAGUCCACUCCCAAUGGUCAUCUUGACGACGAUGGCAUCUUCAUAUGUUUGGUUACUUUUGCUAAGCGCUGUCAACCUUGGCGAAUCGGCAGCAUGUACCAACGGGGGUACGUACACCACGUCGUCCAACGCCACCAUCACAACAGACAACUACCCGUCCUUCUACCCAAAAAGCAGCUGUACUUGGAGUCUGCAGGUCACCCAUGGCUCGGUUAUCCUGUUGAAAUUCAGCUCCUUUGACAUCGAAGAAUUCGGAAAUUGUGCCUUUGAAAAUGUGAUCAUUUACGACGGCAACACCACAGGAACGGCACUAGGACAAUUUUGUGGAACCAUCUUACCACCUGCCAUGUUGUCUACAAGUAACACCAUGACAGUAGUUCUGACAACGUUUGGAUUCAGUAACACGGAGUACACUGGCUUCUCUGCUUCAUUCACAGAGCAAAGCACAUCCUCAGGACUCGACUCGGGCUGUUCCAACCUUGCGACCUGGACCGGUACUGCAGCUGGGUCCAUCGCGUCCAUGCACUACGGCACCAGUGCUAACUACGACGACAACGCUUACUGCAAAUGGGAGAUCACCGUCGCGCCUGGGAAGUACGUCAACUUGACCUUUCACCGGACCUUCUGGGUCGACCCGUUUUGCGUAGAGGCCGACAGAGUGACGGUCUACUCUGGUGUUACCACUGGACUGACAGAGCUGGAUUCAUUCUGCGGUCACACAGCUCCCUCCUCACUUCAGUCAUGCUCGAACAAAAUGACUGUAGAGUUCACAUCGGACUCGAGCAACGAGUACACUGGCUUUCUCGCAUCAUUUUCACAAUCAGACACAGAUCCAGCUUGUGCUUCCGGUACUGCGUCGAUGACGUCAACUGCUGAGAGAACGUCAAGUGCCGCCAUGACGACAGGUUCGACUACAACACGCCAGGUCACUACACCAGUACGAAUGGUGUCAACCGCAAGUACACAAUCGCCGUCUACGUCACGUACAACGUCAUCAACAACAACUGCACCGCAGCCAUCCACGUCACGUACAACGUCAUCAACAACAACUGCACCGCAGUCAUCUACGUCACGUACAACGUCAUCAACAACAACUGCACCGCAGUCAUCUACGUCACGUACAACAACAACUACGUCACCGUCAUCCACGUCACGUACAACGGCAUCAACAACUACACCGCAGAUAUCUACGACGCGUACAACAACUUCAACAACUAUUACACCUGCACAAUCUACGUCACGUACAACAACAGCUACGUCACCGCCAUCUACGCCAUCUACGCCAUCUCCGCCAUCUACGCCACUAGAACGUACAAAAACAACUACGUCACCGUCAUCUACGUCACGUACAACAACAACAACAACACCAACAACAUCACCACCGUCAUCCACGUCACGUACAACUACAUCUGCGGCUCCCGGUGUGUCAGCCACGCACCGAACUACAACAGCAGAGACGACUCGAACCAACCCUUCGGUACCAACAUCAUCAGCAACACAGCAUGUACCGACUUCAUCUACGCCUACCAGCGGUGGGUCAGCGGUGUAUACAGCCUCUACAACGUCUGCACAGGCGACAACGUCAGGUAGAGGUACACAUGCUGCAACCACUACAGGGUCCGCCAAAGCCCCAAAGAAAAACGUUGUUCAACUGUGGGUUAUUGGAUCAGUGGUCGGAUCUGGAAUGGGUGCUAUCGUCGUGGCUACCAUGACUAUCUUCUGUUGUUGUCUUAAAAAGGAUGCAAACCGCGUCACAACAGUGUAGCUUCUUAGAACACGGAAGUAUAGGUGUUAAAGAGCUGUUACUUGUAAACAGUGUAAAAACAACGGUGGGACUUUGCAUGGAAUGUCUGUAAUAAUUAAUCAACCACUUUUCUAGAUAGACGUGUUUGUAUUGAAUUGUUUCUGCCAGUUAAUUCUAGUGACGCUGAAGUUGUCACUCGAAAGAGAUUGAGAUUGUAUUUGUAUAUUGUUUACCGUGUCUGUAAUACAAAAACAAACAUUUAAGCCAGUUCACGGUUUGAAGUGCGCAUUUAUGGUGAGAUGUAUUGUGGGUAUGUCAUACUAAAUGUUGGCUACAUCUAUUUUAAAACAAUGUCACGGUUUAAGUAUUCAAAUUAGUCUACUUCUGCUAAUUUCCGUUCGAGCAUAUGUGCAUGAAUGAAAAAUCCCGCUAGAGGUCGCUGGUAAGAUAGGGAUUAUCAGAUGCGUAGUCAAAUGCAAUGUAUCCCAUAAUAUGCAUUAAUGAGAAUUUGCUUAAAACCUUACCUACAGAUUAAACAGCUAGAUUAAUUUUUAUAGGUCAAAAGCUGACUGUCCUUGCGAUAUUUUUCGAUUAUCAUAAAAGUACCAGUACCAAUUUCGGCAACACAUCUUACAAUAAAAUUUGUAAGAUUCGAUUUUAAGUGUUGUCUUUUUUUAACGAUAUCACCAUGU